UUUCCAGUCACAUGUACCGGAAUACAUCCUACAGUCAUCAGGAGUAGUAGAUAACAUAAAACAGAAACUACCAAUCAUAAAGAUGUCGACACCUCACCAGUGUCCAGUGUGUGGGAAAUCUUUCAGCCGUCUUGGAUCUGUGAAGACUCACAUGUUGCUGCAUACGGGUGAUAAACCUCAUGAAUGUCCAGAAUGUGGAAAAAGUUUCCGUCAUCUUGGAUCUAUGAAGACUCACAUGCUGGUGCAUACUGGUGAUAAAUCUCACGAAUGUCCAGACUGUGGGAAAAGGUUCAGUCGUCUUGGAUCUAUGAAGACUCACAUGUUGGUGCAUACAGGAAAUAAAUCUCAUGAGUGUCCAGAGUGUGGGAAAAGAUUCAGCCACCUUGGCUCUGUAUCUAGACACUUGAUGGUGCAUACAGGCAUUAAGCUGCACGAGUGUCGAGAAUGUGGAAAAAACUUCAAUCGUCUUGAAAGUAUGAAGUCUCACAUGAUGGUGCAUACAGAUGAUAAACCUCAUGUGUGUCUAGAGUGUGGGAAAAGAUUCAGCCAACUUAAAUAUAUGAAGGCUCAUAGGAUAGUGCAUACGGACGAUAAGCCUCAUAAGUGUCCAGAGUGCGGGAAAAGAUUCAGACAAGUUGGAUCAAUAAGGAGGCAUAUGAUGUUGCAUACAGGCAUUAAACUGCACCCGUGUCCAGAGUGUGGGAAACACUUUGGUCGUCUUGAAAGUAUGAAGGCUCACAUGAUGGUGCAUAUUGGUGAUAAAUCUCAUGAGUGCCCAGAGUGUGGGAGAAAAUUCAGUCAACUUGAAUCUGUGACAAAGCACAUGAUAGUGCAUAUGGGUGCUAAAUUGCACGAGUGUCCAGAGUGUGGGAAAAAGUUCAGUCGUCUUAGAAAUAUGAUGAGGCACAGAAUGGUUCAUACAGAUGAUAAACCUCACAUGUGUCCCGAGUGUGGAAAAAGAUUCAAUGAGCUUGCAAAUAUGAAGAGGCAUAGGGUAGUGCAUACAGAUGAUAAACCUUUUGAGUGUACUGAGUGUGGGAAAAGAUUUAGGCAACGCAAUAGUAUAAUACUACACAUAUUAACACAUCCUGGUGACAAACCUCAAUGAGCCUUGUGUCCUGCUUUUUGGAAAAAAGUCUUAAUUUUAUUUGGCUCCCAAAUGAUGUUUAUAAUUAAUUUUGUUGGCUUCAUUUUCAGUUCCAUUAAUUUUAGUACAGUAUAUUUUGAUAUGCAAAUCAGGACAUAACUACCAACCAAUUCAGUAUACUUUUUGGAAAUUGAGAGCUACAUUUUAAAAAUACCAUGAAUUGACCAUCUCAGUUGGACAUCUUUAAAAGGUAUUUUUGUUUUUUCCAUAGUUUUAUGUGAACAAUUUGCUUCGUCACAAAGGCACAGCUCUGUAAUACAUGGUACAAUUCCUUAUAUAUUUAUAUAUUACAUUUAUUUAUUUAUUUAUUUAUUUAUUUAUUUAUAUACAAGAAGGUACAUUGGGUUUGUGAGAAUACAUAGCA